AUGACAACAAUGCCUUGCUCUUUACCUUGCGUACCGCAUAUUGUUGGGCCGGAUAGAGGGUCGAAUAACGAGAUUAUGGAAGCUCAGGAUCAUCAACCCCCACCGCCAUCACGACCUACAGAGACGAUGAUGGAUCCUCAAAGACAACAAGAACCUAUCUCGUCUUCAUCCUCCACCACCGAGGCCGAAGUCGAAACACCCACCAACAACCCCCCACCACCACCAUCACCAAAAACCCUCCUCACGGCUUCCAAAAUAUGGAACUAUCUCAACCAAGACAUCAAACCCACCACCUUUGCCGAGAUCCAACUUACGCUUUUAACAUUCUGCAUCGGUUUACAAGACGCAGUCUCCUUCCCCGACUUCCACUGCUUCGCCUCCAACCAAACAGGCAACACCGUCUUCCUCGUCCUAGCCAUCAUCCUCCCCGAGAUGGACGGCGAAAUGUUUGUCACCUCCAACAUCGCCGUCGCCCUGGGCUUCUUCCUCGCGGCCGCCUAUCUCACCGGCCAGCUUGGGCACAUCAUCGGCCCCCGCCGCCGCUUGUACAUCAUAAUCUGCAACCUCAUCCAGACCUGCCUCGUCUUUGCGACUGCUGUCCUGCAGUACAAGAAGGGGGUCGAGCCCCAGGGUACACGAACCCUCCUGGCGAUUGGGUUUCUUGCCACUGCUGCGGGAUCGCAGGUUGUGGUGAGUAGGAGUUUGAAGAUGACCGAGAUUAGCACGGCGAUGGCGACGGCGGCGUGGUUGGAUUUGGUGAUUGAUCCUGAUUUGAUGAGGGUGAAAAAUAGGGGGAGGAAUAGGAGGUUGAUGUUUUUGGGGAGUUUGAUUUUGGGGACGUUGGUGGGGGCGGUGAUUUUCAAGAGGGUGGGGAGUGCGGUUGCGUUGUUUGUUAGUGCUGGGGGGAAAGGGGUGGUGACGGGGAUGUGGUUUGGUGUUGAGGGGGAGGAAAGUAGGAAGAGGGAGGGGCGGGAAGAGAAGGGGGAGAUGGGGGUGAUGGUUUAA